AAAUUAGAAUCUACUGGGUCAGUUAAAAAUAAGGCUCCACUGUAGCUGUCAUUUGGGUCAUUACACAAUACUUCCUGGUGGACAGAAGGGUUCCACAAUCAAAUGGUUUGAUGUUAUGAGCUCAUGAGAGAUUUAUACAGUAGCUGAUGGGUGACUGUACGACUCCAAUGCAGCAUCUGGUGUACAUAGUGAGGGAUAGCGCUGCUGUAGGAGAGGGCUUGAGAAAUAAUGGCAAACCCCCAGUUAGCCCUCCCUGCGCCCAGCCCCUUGCCCCGCCCACUCAACACGCAAGAUCGCCAGGUCGCUAAGGCGAAGAUGGCGAACAAAUUUCUACCUGGUUGCCGAAGUGUUGGUUCGUCAUUUUGUAAAGGAAUUCGGCAUUUUCAUGGACUUAAAGUUCAGAAGUGGGAAGCUCUUACAAGAUAUACGGCAUGUAGAUAUAUGUCAUCGAUCGUGGACCCAUCACUGGGUCUCACAGAUGAUCAAAGGGAAUUCCAAAGAGUGGCUUUAGACUUUGCAAAAAAUGAACUUGCACCUGAAAUGCAAAAAUGGGAUCAAGAGGAAAUAUUUCCUGUGGAUGCUUUAAAGAAACUUGCAGGCCUUGGAUUUGGAGCUGUCUAUGCAAAGGAAGACUAUGGAGGUAGUGGACUCUCCAGAUUAGAAGCAUCUGUGAUAUUUGAAGCUCUUGCCACUGGAUGUGUCAGUACAACAGCAUAUCUUAGCAUUCAUAAUAUGGUUACCUGGAUGAUUGAUGAGUUUGGUUCUGAAGAACUCAGAGAAAAAUAUGUCCCUGCAUUAGCAUCGAUGGAGAAAUUUGGAUCUUAUUGCCUGACAGAACCUGGUAGUGGAAGUGAUGCGGCAUCAUUAACAACAUCUGCCAAAAGAGAUGGAGACUACUACAUCCUGAAUGGCUCAAAGGCAUUCAUCAGUGGUGGUGGAGACACUGAUGUUUACAUUGUGAUGGUCAGAACUGGACAACCAGGUCCUCAAGGAAUUUCAACAGUUAUUGUUGAAAAAGGAACACCAGGGUUGAGUUUUGGCAAGAAAGAGAAAAAAGUUGGAUGGAAUUCACAACCAACAAGAGCAGUGAUAUUUGAAGACUGUAAAGUUCCUGUUACUAACAGGGUCGGAUAUGAAGGACAGGGUUUUAGAAUAGCAAUGUAUGGACUCAAUGGUGGUCGUAUCAAUAUCGCAUCAUGUUCGCUUGGAGCAGCUCAAGCAUCAAUUGAACAAGCAGCUGAACACACUAAAGUGCGGAAACAGUUUGACAGUCCCCUUGCAGACAACCAGCACAUCCAGUUUAAACUGGCAGACAUGGCAACCUCUCUGGUAACAUCACGGUUGAUUGUGCGUCAAGCUGCUUGUGCUUUGGAUGCUAAGUCCCCAGAGGCCCCCACACUGUGUUCCAUGGCAAAAAUGUUUGCCACUGAUCAAUGUUUUCAGGUUUGCAACGACGCUCUUCAGCUUCAUGGAGGGUAUGGCUACCUUAAGGAUUAUGCCGUCCAGCAGUACAUGAGAGACUGCAGAGUCCAUCAGAUUCUAGAAGGAACUAAUGAAGUAAUGCGAUUAAUAAUUUCCAGAAACCUCCUGCAAAAUAGCUGACAUGGGUGAAUUGAUGGAGAGUAUUUUCUACUAUUUACAGUUUGUACAUGUGUAGGUUUUAAUUCUUACAGCUAUCACGCCUUUUGUUUCAUACGCCACAAGGCAUAUUUUUUAGGGGAUAUAUUUUUUUUCAAAAAAAGUGGAUUCCAAUAUGGUAUGGUAUGCUGUUAGUAUGCACACAAAGACAUAAUACCUCUUCUCAAGUGUUUUUAUCACAAAGUUGCAAUACCCAACUGGUGUCUAGACCAGUGAAGAAUUAAAUUUGACUGUAAGAAAUAAAUUAUUUAUAUUUCAAAUAGGGUCAAUUCUAGGACAUGUAAAAUUUGAAGUUCCCUAACUGGACAGAGAAAUAAAAGAGUGAAUAAUUAGA